CAUGGAGGACGAAAGACAAGCGCAAAACAGGUCGUGGGACACGGCGCGAGAAGUCCCCGUGAUUGAUGAUGAACGCACACCUUGGAAACUCAUCAAACUACUUAAGAUCAUUUCUCUCAUUGUAGUCUUUGUGCUUGUGUUUGGAACUGCACUAUGUAGCAAGACUGCUUUCCUCCUCCUCAUUACCUUUGCCAAUGAAGGCACAAAGAUCCUGCAUGUGGACUACAAACCCGUCGCUCUGCUGUGUAUUGGCUGCUCUCUCAUCACCCCCUGUGUCCUUCUACUUCUCAAAAGCUUGUGGAAAGCAUGUUACAAAACGUCAAAGCUCCCAAACAAAGAAACAAUCGCACUGGUUGUGUUCUUUGAGUUUCUGGUGUCUGGAAGUGCAGCCAUUCUUACCAUCGUGGCGAUGCCACACUUGGACAUUGUGACCAAUGUUACGAUUCUGAAUGGUGUAGCCUUCUUCACAACACUCCUACAGAUCAUUUCUCAGUGCACCGCCAAGCAAAAUAACCGCUUCCUGCUGCCCUCCAUCACCGCCUUCCUCCUCAUUGUGCUCGGUUAUAUCUUGUUCGGCCUCUUGUACAUCAUGAAGGAUCCCACUGAUAUCAAGAUGAUCAUCUGGGUGGGUCUGGCCAUAGGCGCAUCAGUGUUUGUGUCUUUCAACUGGUGGGAGGCCUACUUCAAAUUGAUCAGUGAGAACAGCACCUCCAUCCGCCUCAAGAGACUGUGUAAAGAUAUGAGAAGAUGCCAGAACAUCCUGCAGAUCCUCACCUGCCUGCUCAGGAUUCUGGUGACCGCCGGUGUGCUCGGAGCCUAUGUACCUCUGUCUAAAAUGGACUGGGACAUCGUGAGAUCCAUCCCAAGCCGGGAGACAAGGAUCAUUGCCAUCACCAUCGGGGUCCAGCUGGUCGCCUCAGUGCUUUGCCACUGGUUCACUGUUGCAGCGUGUAAGAUGCACGCCAUGCGACGGUGCUUCAUCCUGCCUGUGUACCUGGCAUCUCUUGGUGUCAUGGCUCUGUUCGUCAUCCCUGUCAUUGUUUACUAUCAAGACUACAGAAUAAGUCUGAACGGGACUGCAAUCACCAACUUCACAAACUACUGCAAUGUGAUAGUGGAUGGACGGAACCAAAGCCUGAAUGGGACUGUGUUCCCAGAGCUGGUUUUGGAUGUUACACACACUCUGUGCUUCCUGGACAUGUCCAAAAUGUGGGACAUCGGAAUUCUGACAGGUUCAGCAGUGUCCUGGUGGCUGGGGCUGGUGUUAGCCACUCUCCAUCUGUGGUACCUCAAUGUAUUUCGUAUCCAAAGGUCCCAAGACCUGUUUGUCAGGAGGCUGUACGACGGAGCAUUUAUUGAGCAGUCCCUGCUGCUCAACACCCGCUUCGACAUCCAAACCAAAACCAGGAUUAAGAAUUAUAGGGACUAUGAAACCGUGAUGUUGUAUCUGUGUGCGACCAUGUGGCACGAGACCUACGAUGAGAUGAUAAACAUCAUCAUUUCGAUAUUUAGAAUGGACAAGUACAGGCCAAAGAAUGAGCUAAAGGCCAAAGAUUUCAUUUUUGAAGCCCACAUAUACUUUGAUGAUGCCUUCCAAGACGUUGAGGGGACUCAGGAGCAUCACCUCAAUGAAUACGCAAAGAACCUUGUGACAGUCUUGAAAGAGGUUUAUGGAAUCUUCUCCAAUGAUGAGAAAUUCUUCAAGAAGCAGUAUUACAUUCCUGAUCAGAAGAUUAUAAGAACCCCAUAUGGAGGUCGUAUUGUAAUCACCAUGCCUCAUGGCAACAAUAUCUUUGUUCACUUCAAGGACAAAGACCGCAUCCGCCACAAGAAGAGAUGGUCUCAGAUCAUGUACCUUUAUUAUCUUCUGGGCUGGAAACUCAUGUCUAAGUAUUAUUCACGUUGGCAAAAGGGGAACGAAGACAAGGGGUUGAAAGCAGAGGUGGAGAAAGAGAAGCGCAACACUUAUAUCCUGGCUUUGGAUGGAGACACAGACUUCCAGCCGUCCGCUGUAAUGCUGCUCAUUGAUCGUCUGAGAAUGUACCCAAAGGUCGGGGCAGCAUGUGGAAGGAUUCACCCCACUGGAUCAGGUCCUGCAGUAUGGUUCCAGAAGUUUGAGUAUGCAGUGAGUCACUGGCUUCAGAAGACAUGUGAGCAUGUGAUCGGCUGUGUGCUGUGCAGCCCUGGCUGCUUCAGUCUGUUCCGAGCUGAAGCUCUGAUGGACGACAAUGUCAUGAAGAGAUACUCCACCAAGUCCACAGAGGCGAGCCACUACGUUCAAUACGACCAAGGUGAGGACCGCUGGCUCUGCACUCUGCUACUGAAGCAGGGGUGGAGGGUGGAGUACAACGCAGCCUCCGACGCCUACACCAACGCACCUGAAGACUUCAAAGAACUCUACAACCAACGAAGGCGCUGGGGACCGUCCACACUUGCCAACGUAGUGGAUCUGCUCGGUGCCACCAAACAAGUCACCCAGAAGAACCCGUCCUUCUCUAAACCCUUCAUGUUAUACCAGCUGUUUGCCAUCACCUCGGCCAUUCUGGCGCCAGCCACCAUCUGCCUUUUGAUUGCAGGUAGUCUGGCCCUCAUCUUCGAAAUACACUCUGCUGGUGCUCUGGUCAUAGCUGUGAUACCUCCAGCCAUCUACCUUGGCCUUUGCUUCAAGCUCAAGUCCGAUACUCAGAUCAAGAUAGCAGCUGUUUUAAGCAUCAUUUAUGCAUUCCUCAUGUUGGUGGUGACAAUAUCCAUUGUUGGCGCAAUGAUGAAGGACAGAACCAUCCUGACACCCAGCAGCAUUUUUGUCAUCGGCAUGGCCUGCAUUUACGUCAUCACUGCGAUAAUGCAUCCUCAGGAGUUCCAUCUCGUGUUCUAUGGCUUUCUCUACAUCGUCUGCAUCCCCAGUGCCUACCUCCUGCUCACCAUUUACUCCAUGGUCAACUUGAACAACGUUUCCUGGGGCACCAGGGAGGCGAAAACUUCAGGGGGCGCUGCAGCUCCUGGAGAAACCGUGUCGCUAACAAAAACACAGAAAGCCAAAAAUGCCAUUCAGCGUUUUUUCUCGUGGACUAAAUGCUGUAAAAAAUCCAGCCAGAGGCCCCAAGACCAGCAGCUUGGUGUAGAGAACAACCCAGAGGACACGAUCAAUGAGCCUGUGACUAAUUCUGAUGGGCCGCGUAACACCAUCGUAGAUGAUGUGAGGAUGCCAGAGCUCGAGGAUGGCUCGCGGCCAGCGUCACCUGCUUUUGCUAUACCGCUCCAAUGCUGGGUAAGUCAACUACAGGAGAUGUCCACUGAAAUGCGUCUGCAGGAGGACACACUCGACCAGGAGGAGACCAACUUCUGGGAAGAGCUUCAGGAGAAGUAUUUGAAACCUUUGCCUGUUGACAAAGAGAAACAGAAAAAAAUGGCGAACGACCUGAAGGAUUUGAGAAACAAGAUCAACUUUGCCUUCUUCAUUAUUAACGCCCUGUGGCUGAUGGCGACCUUCACGCUCCAGGUCUUCUUCGAUGGUCCCUAUGCCAUCAAGGUCCCAAAGGUCACACACACCUUGGAAGCAACUGGAGAAAUGGUAACGAUCGACCCCGUCGCCUUCAUGUUUAUCGUGGGAUUUGCAACGUCGGUCACCAUCCAGUUCUUAACCAUGUUCUACCACAGACUCUUCACCUUGAUCCAUUUUGUGGCCUUUUUGGACACAGAGCCCAAAGACGACAAACUGGAAAAGCAUAAAAAGAAAUAUCUGAAAGGAAAAAAGCUUGACUCAGACUCUGUGUCCAACGUCGACUCUGUGUCCAACGUUGACUCCACCUCCAUGGCUGACUCCACCUCCAUCGCUGACUCCAGCAUCACUGGCACGUCACAGGAGGACUCGGACACGGAAGGGAGCGACUUUGAGUCCUUCUCACAUUUUAGCCGUCAAGAUGACGGGACGCUCGUUUAAGCACACACACACGGAUUCACAAAAAACAUUUUAGCACUUUUUAAAUUUCUACUGUACAAAAUGUUUUUAUUUUGUUACUUAUUUAUGUCAAGUGUUUACUUGUUGUUGACGUAUUUUAGAUAAAACUGUGUCGGGAAGAAUGAAGGAAGAAAUGGACUCAGGGAACUAGUGUUGGUAAAUGAAAUGAAAAGCACCAACAAUAAUGGGUCAGUAAAUGUAACACUGUUGAUGAUAAUUAUGAAGGACCGUCUGCUGCUUCCAUAUUUAAUGCACUUAUGAAACAAAUGUAAUGUGAAGUGGAAUGAAUGAAGUUGAUGUCACUGUUUCUGCAGCCUGGCUUAAAAAAAAAGAAAAACUUUACACAUCGUAUGAACCCACUGAAAACACAAACUUUGCAUAUCAACGGACACACAGUAUUUUCUGAAGUGAAAAUAUUUGACGUUCGCAAACUUUACUUAACAUGAACUAUUGAAAUGAAAUUAUUACUUUAAAAGAGGCAGGGGUUAGAGAAGAUGAAAUGACACAUUUUUGUGAGUGUUUGAAGUCCCAAAUAAAUCUGUUAAUCAGCUUUAAUUGUGAUAAUGACCUAGUUAUGAAUUGAUAAAUAUAAAAAUAAACUCAAAAACAAAAGUGUUUCCCGCCUUAAUGGAUUAGAAAGAAAGAAAGAUGGUGGAUUGAAUGGAUGCUGCUGUAAUGAGGUGUAACGGAGCAAAUACACUAUAUAAAUAGCAAAUACAAAUGUAGGAUGUUUAUUUAUGUCACAAAUAUCUCUUGCUCAAAGGUGUUUCAGUGUAAAUAGAACUUUUGUUGAUUUACAAUUGUAUGUUAGUGUUUUUAUGUUUACAUGCCUGUUUCUAAAAAAAACCCUACUUUUUCAAAUAAAUGUUCAAAAAUUAACAUUGU